GUGUUAUCAUAUCGCUGUGAAUCGUAGUUGAGGUUGAAGAAGAGCAAGUUAAAGGGAUUGAAAACGCAUUUUUGCGAUUUUUUUCUUAAUUUUCACAAAUAAAAGGACGCAAGAUCAUGGCUGAUCUAGAUAAGUGGAUUGAACUAGUAAAGGACUGCAGAUACUUACCCGAGAAUGACCUAAAAAAGCUUUGUGAUAUCGUGUGUGAAAUUCUUUUGGAAGAGUCAAACAUACAGCCAGUCAGCACGCCAGUGACAGUUUGUGGUGAUAUACAUGGGCAGUUUUAUGAUCUAGAAGAAUUAUUUUGUAUCGGCGGUGCUAUUCCAAAUACGAGUUACAUAUUUAUGGGCGAUUUCGUUGACCGAGGGUAUUACAGUUUGGAAACAUUGACACGUUUACUGACUCUAAAGGCACGUUAUCCUGAUCGUAUAACUUUACUAAGAGGUAAUCAUGAGUCACGGCAAAUUACAAAGGUCUAUGGAUUCUAUGAUGAAUGUUUUAGCAAAUAUGGUAAUGCGAAUGCUUGGAAGUACUGCUGUAAAGUUUUCGAUUUAUUAGCUAUAGCUGCUAUAAUUGACGAAGAAGUUCUAUGUGUCCAUGGUGGCUUAAGUCCCGAGAUAAUAACAUUGGAUCAAAUAAGAACAAUCGAUCGAAAUGGUGAAAUUCCUUAUAAGGGUGCAUUCUGCGAUUUAGUAUGGUCUGAUCCAGAAGAAAUGGAUUAUUGGGGCCAAAGUCCAAGAGGAGCGGGUUGGCUUUUCGGUCAAAUGGUUACCAAAGAUUUUAUGCAAAUUAAUAACCUGGAAUUAAUUUGUCGAGCCCAUCAGCUGGUUAACGAAGGCAUAAAAUAUAUGUUCGACAGCAAAUUAGUAACGGUAUGGUCAGCUCCAAACUAUUGCUAUCGUUGCGGUAAUGUAGCGGCUAUGUUAAAUUUCCAAACAGCUAAGGAUCGGACAACAAGAAUAUUUGUGGCAGUACCUGAAACGGAUCGUGUCAUACCACCACACAAUACUACACCAUAUUUCCUAUAAGCCGACAAAAAGCAACAACAAAUACACAGGCAUUUUACAUUUGCAUGUAAUGCUUUUGCAUAUUGCCUUAAAAAAGCGGAAACUAUAAUAGUAUAUCACAAUUUAAAAAAGUUGUAUUCGAAGAAUUAAGUAUUUUAUUGGUUUUCAUUUUUUCCUUUCCUAUCAUUCUUAUAAUACCAACACCUACCUACCUUAUUUAAUAACAAAAAACAAAUGAAAUUAAAGACUCGUUAACUCAUAGAUGUCUAUGUGGCUUUUUGAAUGUUAGCUGAUAUUAUUUCCAUUGUUCCUUUAAUGGCGGUGUAUCAACGAAUUGUGUUCUUCUACUGCGAUUUUUCACGAAAUCUUUAAAUAAAUUAUAAAACACAUUUUUUGUACACAAA